AUGAAUAGCAAUAACAGUAACAACAACGACAACUUUCCUCCUGUUAGUGGAGGUGGAAUAGGUCCUCCAGAUGGUGGCGGUGGAAUGGAUCCUCCAGAUGGUGGCGGUGGAAUGGGCCCUCCGCUGGACUUUGGUCCAAUUCCAAUUUCAUCAAUCCAAAGAAACUUGGCUUCAUUCUAUAUUCACUGUUUAUCAAGUCGACUAUUUCGGGAAGAAUUUUUGAAUUUAAUGCAUUGUAGACGACAUCAACGUGUAGGUGUUAUAACACAAACGUUGGGCCUUCAAGGAUCUCAAACACAAGCUCAACUAUACCAUUUGGAAGAAGGAAAAUUCACGAAAGCAUAA